AGUAAACCUAAAUUUAGAAGUUGUCAUUUAUAAAUUUGGUUAAAAAUAAUUAUUAAGAAAUACUUCAGAAUGAUGUCCAACAAAUUUCAACCAACUUUUAGUGAGAAAACUCACAUGGGUUGGUCAGUGCUGGCCGUCACUAAUCACAUCAUGAAAUCGUCUGGUGCUGAAAGAGAGAAGUUUGAAUUCACAUUAUACCUCCCACACCUACCUGAAAUGGUGUUCCCUAACAAUGUCCUGAAAUUAGUGAACCAAUCCAGUGGCCACGGUCUGGAAUUUACGGCGUUGGAGGCCCUAAAAUUAGUGGACUAUCAGCAUGAGUCGAUUCAUGUUGCAAAUUCUAGUACAUGGAAAGAAGCAAGGGCUGAUUGUGAGCACAUCGAUAAGGUCGUAACUCCUUUCGACUGGACCUACACCACAGAUUAUAGAGGGUCUUUGGUUGGAAAUUUUAAGAUAGAAGAGACAAAAGAGGAAAUAGAUAUGGAAAGGUUAAAAUUAAAAGACCCAAUAUUGUUCUAUGCUGACGUAGCCCUCUACGAAGACGAGCUACAUGAUUGCGGCUGUUCAACAAUUAGUGUCAAAAUUAGAACGAUGCCGACAUACUUCUUCAUCUUACUGCGAUUCUACUUGCGAGUUGACGACGUCUUAGUACGCGUGAACGAUACCAGGAUAUUCCACGAGUUUGGCACCAAUCACAUCCUGAGAGAAUUUACCAAGAGGCAGAGUAAAUACGGCGCUUUAGAGGUGCCCUUGGCUGUGAUCAGGGACCCGAACGAAAUCGUCCAGCACUUAUCUGUUGUAUAUAAAGUGGUUGAAAAGUUGAUCAUGGUUGAUUGAUUGGAUCGAUUUGAUUGGUUGGCUGGUGAUUGGUUGAGCGAAUGAGUAAUUGAGUGAAUGAGUGAUUGAUUGAUUGAGUGGUUGGACCGACUGACUGACUGACUGAGUAAUAAAAAAAUGAAUUAAUGAAUCAGUUCAACAACUUGUAUAUUUUUACAUUUUUUUAAAGCUCAUAGAAUAUCGUUACUUUAUUUAUUUCUUCAACGUAUUAUUUUUGAUAAAAAAAAUACAUAACUAAAUC